AUGAGCAUUGAGGACAGGAGGCAGCACAUUGCAGUCUUCCUGGACAACGUUCGACUGGCACAGGUGCAAGCAGAAUACUUGCUGAGCAAGGUCAAAACACAUGAUUAUGUGAAGGACAACAAGAACUGCAAAGUUCUCAUCACAAACGCACAGGCAGAAAUGUCCAACCUCCAGAUGCAUGGCCCAUCUUCUGAUUCCACCCACCUGCUCAGUCAACCUCACCUGCACUAUGCCAUCUUGUUUGAUAUCGGAGGCUCGAGCAGGGGGUUCCCAACCAAUGCCAUGGAGACAUACGAUUCCUGUGCAGACAAGCGGGUGAAUGUCAGCAAGAAAGCCCCCCUUGCCUAUCACAAUAUAGUUUAUUUUAAAGGCUUUGUCUAUCUUAUCAGAGGAUUUGAUGGCAGGGAUUGUUUCAGCAGCGUCAAGCGGUUUGACCCACUGAAGAAAACAUGGCAGUGGCUUGCACCCAUGCACUCGUGGUACGGCCACGUCAUCAUCGCCAUUCUCAGGAAUUUGCUCUAUGCCAUGGGAGGUUUUGAUGGAUUCAUGUCCCUCAUCUCAGCAGAACGGUACAACCCAGAGAUGAACCAGUGGGCACCGAUUGCCCCCAUGCAUGAGUGGAGAGGCGAUGCUAGUGUGAUCACGCUGUGUGAAAAGGUCUAUAUAUGUGGUGGGUUCAACAGAAAUGAACACUUGAUGACGGCUGAAGUAUAUGAUGCCACAAAGAAUCAAUGGACCUUCAUAGCUAUGAUGGGAAGUGGAAGAAGCUGACUAGCUGUGACUGCAUAUGGAAAAGAAGUGUAUGCGGUCGGAGGAUUUGAUGGAGCCAACUGGCUUCGGAGCACAGAAGUUUACAACCCUGUUGCCAAGACAUGGCGCACAGUUCCCAGCACGUUGAUACCUCACCAGAACUUUGGCAUUGAAGUGGUGGAUGGUCUGUUGUUUGUGGUUGGUGGCUACAGUGAUUUAGAUAUUGCUUCCAGCGUUGAGUGUUAUGAUGAAAACACUCAUCAGUGGCACAAUAUUCACAGCAUGGGCAUACACCAUGGUGCCCUGAGCUGCUGCAUGGUGCCAGGUCUACAAAACUUUGGGGAGUACAUGCCCAGACAAGACGUCAACAUUGGCAACUCUUGAAAGGAAGUCCGGCCCAUUUCUUCAUCAAGUAGCCUGCCUGAAUAA